GACAAAUAAUCUUGUACAGGUAGUCCUCGACUUAUGACCACAAUUGAGCCCAAUGUUUCUGUUGCUAAGCAAGACAAUUGUUAAGUGAAUCUUGCCCCAUUUUACAACCUUUCUUGCCACAGUUGUUAAGUAAAUCGCUGCAGUUCUUAAAUUAAUAAUAUGGUUGCUAAGAGAAUCUGGCUUCCUCAUUGAAUUUGUUUGAAGGUUGCAAAAGGUGAUCACAUGACCCCAGGACACUGCAACCGUCAUAAAUGCAUGCUAGUUGCCAAGGGUCUGAAUUUUGAUUAUGUGACCAUGGGGAUGCUGCAGUGGUCAUAAGUGUGAAAAACAGCCAUACGUCACUCUUUUCAGUGCCAUUGUAACUUUGGAUAGUCACUAAACAAAUGGUUGUAAAUUGAGGAUUACCUGUACAUGUGCUGGAUUACUUGAUCAUGGCUCAUUAACCAGAGCUAGUGGAUUAUUUGGGAUCACAUGCAUUAUAUCAACUGCAGCAGUCAACAUGAUUGGUUGCUGGAAAAUAAGAUUUUUCCAUCACUAAAUGAAUGGUUGUAAGUCGAGGACUACCUGUAUGCAAGAUAGUUUCUUUCAGCCCAGAGUUUUUAAGUUUAUCCGGUGAUAUUUUAAGUUUCUUCUACUCACCAGUCCAGAGCUCGUCAAACAAGGAAAAUGUUUUUUAAUAGACAAAUACACAGAUUUAAAAACACAAAAAAGCAUAGACGACUAACCUAAAAUAAAAUCAACAUAUUUUCCACCCAGUCUUGCUUAGUGGGCAGCCUAAUAAUUAGUUCUCUUGCCACAUAUAUUACACAUGAGCAGCUGUGUCCUUAGAUUUAUAGAAAGGAAAUUAUCUUUUCAAAAGAACAGAUUGAUGUUUUUAUGGCUACAGAAGUGGUAGGCAAUCUGAUGGAAAAGUUUGAUAAUCAUCUUGAAAUCGAUAUUUCCUGAAAAUCAACUUGAGCCAACUCAUUGGCACAGGAAGGAAACUAUGGUAAAUUAUUUCAGCAAUCGGUCCAUUGAAGCCAGCUAGAGAUAGAUAGGUGAGUUUUAUGUUAUUUUUAUUUUUAGAAAAAGAAUGGAUCAGGAAGGGGAUAGGAACCUCAAUUUUAAAGAUGGUUUUGGUGUUUCUUAUCCCUCUUGUAGAGAUGAACCCUAUCUCAUGGUAUCUUCAUAGAAUUUCUGUGAAAGUUGUGAUUGGUUAGUUUGUUAUAGCUUUAUUCUUGGAAGAUGAGCUUUUUGUUUCCUGUGAAUUUUAUUGUCCCUGCCAGGAAGCAGAUGUCGUAUGUUCCAAAAACGUGUGCGAUUCAUUUAGCUGAUUUUUCUGAGUAAAUUUGGCUCUUUUUGUGGACAGAUUUGACAUUGACCUGAUUCGGUGACUCAGACUGAAGUUCUAGCUCAUGGGUGCCAAGUUCACGGUGUCAUGUUGCCGUCACGUGACAUUUCACGAUGUUUCCCCCCUUUGCGGAGCUGGGGUAGGCAUGGCCUGCGUGUGACGCAUCCGGUCCAUGGGCCUCUAGUUUGACAUCCCUGUAAAUCUAGCUAGUCUUGUUUUUUUAACAACUUCGAGCAACGCCAUCUCUAGAAAGCUUUCCUGCCAAUAUCCAUCUUUAGGACACAGAUAGUCUUUGACUUAUUCGUUUAGUGACCGUUUGAAGUUAAAACAGCACUGAAAAAAGUGACUUACAACCAUUUUUCACAUUUACAACCAUUGCAGCAUCCGGUCACGUGAUCAAAAUUCAGACACUUGGCAACUGACAUGUAUUUAUGACAGUUGCGGUGUCCUGGGGUCAUGUGAUCACCUUUUGCGACCUUCUGACAAGCAGCAUCAAUGAGAAAGCCAGAUUCGGUUAAUAACUGUGUUAUUAACUUAACAACUCCAAUGAUUCACUUAACAGCUGUGGCAAGAAAGAUGGUAAAAUGAGACAAAACUCAACAACUGUUUUGGCUAACAGUGGAAAUUUUAGCUCUGUUGUAAUCACAGUCCAGUUGGCAAUUUUGACUAAGAGGUGUUGAUAGAAUUCCCUGUCAAUUUUUCUUCAUUGAGCAAGAUUUCCCUAGGAUGGAAUUACAGAAGCGAAACGAGCAUUGUCUGUUAAGAGUUUUGCCCACUGGGUUCGCCUACAGCAGUGAUGGCUAACCUUUUGGGCUCGGUGUGUCAAAGAUUUAGAAAACACCUAUUUUGACUCUUCUGCUCUAUCACACACACACACACACACACACAAGCACAAAGCAUGGACAAAGGAGACCUCUCAAGACCUCCUCUCUGGACUCUGAAAGUCGCAUGAGAAAGUCCUGCUCUCCUGGUGCCUCUGGAAACUCCAAAAUCUGCAUAGGGAUGGUCACACAAUUUUUGGAGACCUCAGCGGCCAGACAAGAGCAGGACCCUCUUGAGUGAUUUCCAAAGGGUCUGGAAGCCUCACCAAAAAUGACCUGCCAAAUCACUUGUGACACGUGUGUCGUACGUCAGCCAUUGCCGGCCUACCACAUUAAGCAUUCCCUGGUCAGGAGGAGAAAGGGACCAUGUAGUCAUCCCAGUGCUCAAUAUACCACAGGAAGUGAUUUAGAAAUACUUUAGAUAGAGAUUACACAAAGCAAGGCCGAAGCAAAAGUUGGAGGAACUAAGAAUGUUGGGAGGAAAUAUAUAUUGGUGUACGAAGAAAAGGAAGUGAGAUGCAGAGUGGAGUCAAGAGAAGAAGCUCCAGAGAGGUGAAACCACACCAUGGGUCCUAUCACUGAAGUGAAGCUCUUCUACCAAGCCGUGAUCCUUCUUUGCCUUGGCUGCGGCCUUCAGUGCUUUUCAGCUUUCAAUCUCAUCGAUUUUGAGGCUCCUGUGAUUUUCCUUGGGGAGGAAACUGACCAGUUUGGCUAUCGCGUCAUCCAGACAAAAUCCAACGGCAAUUCCUGGUUGGUAGUGAGUGCUCCCUACGCAGGCAACCGGACAGGCUCUCUUUUCCAAUGCUCAUACGAUACACAGAGGUGUCAACCAAUUGUCCUCAACAAUGCUAAGGUCGUUCCUAGAAUAUCUUUAGGUCUUUCAAUGGCUGCUGAUGAAGAGUCUGAAUCCAAGAUAAUGGCCUGUGGUCCCACUUGGGAACGAAGAUGUGGGCAACUCGAUUAUCUGAACGGCAUCUGCUAUAUUCUGAAUGGCUUUGAAGGAAAUGUGAAAGAGAUCCAGCCAGCUUUCCAAGAAUGCGUCUUUGGUGUGGACGCUGUGAUUUUAUACGAUGAUUCUGGGAGCAUUAAAGACCCUGAGCUCCACAUCAUGAAGAACUUCUUCCUGAACCUGAUGGACUCGGUGGCUGGGGCAAAUGUGCAGUUUGCAGUGGUUCAGUACUCCUCUAUAUUUACGCUUGUUUUUGAUUUCGCGACCUAUAACAACACUAGAGAGAAGAUUAAAGAUCUUAUCCACAACUUCAAGCGUUUCAGGGGAGAAACCUACACUCCGUCUGCUAUUGUCCAUGUGGUAGAUGAAGUCUUCACAGCAAAUCGUGGCAUACGCCCUCACAGCAAGAAGCUGCUCAUUGUCCUGACGGAUGGCAUCUCCAAUGACAGAAGGACCACAUUUAAACAGGCAACAGAAGCUGCCAACAAAAAAGGGAUAAUCCGCUAUGCCAUUGGGGUUGGUCGGAAUUUCUUGACGGCUCAAGAUGAGCUGCGCAGAAUUGCAUCAUCAAAUGAAAAUGUUUUCCCUGUGGAAAGUUUUGACACCCUUGGACAACUUCAGAAACAGCUGAAGGAUAAGAUCUUUAAUAUUGAAGGAGUCUCUAAACCAUCACCUGAUGCCUCAGACAGCAGUUUUUUCGAGAAAGAAUUUUCCCAAGGUGGAUUCAGCUCCCUCCUUACACCGGAACAUGCAGUGACUGGGGCUGUCGGUGCUUAUAGCUGGACUGGAGGCUUAGAAGAAUCAUCCUUUGGAGAACCUCCUCAGACCCAAUUCCUGAACACCAGUAUCAACGAGUCCUAUAUAGGUUAUUCUGUGGCUUUAGCUCGCUUUCACAAAAGGACCUUCUACGUCACCGGAGCUCCACGGUUCCAGCACGUUGGCCAAGUCCUGGUCUUUGAAAGCAAGAGUGGACGCUUAACAGGAAAUAUUCAGGGUCAACAGGUGGGUUCUUACUUUGGUGCUGAACUCGCCUCCGUGGACUUAAACGAAGAUGGAAAUACUGACCUCCUUCUAAUUGGGGCUCCUCAUUACUACAAUGGAAGCCAAGGUGGGAUUGUCCACGUCUCCUCCAUCAACAACACGGGUGAGCUUGUUCACCUUCAAACGCUACAUGGAAUCUCAGGUAAUGGACUAGGCCGUUUUGGGGCAGCUCUCUCCACAUUAGGGGAUAUCAGUGGCGAUGGCCUCACAGAUGUGGCCAUAGGAGCCCCGAUGGAGGAUGAAAAUCAGGGGGCCAUUUAUAUCUUCCUGGGUGAAACAGACCGACUGAAGGAAGUGCACAGCCAGCGGAUUUCGGCCGCCUCUGUUUCUCCCAGGCUCCAGUUUUUUGGACAAUCCAUCCAGGGAAGGAUGGAUUUGAGCAAGGAUGAUCUGACUGACUUAGCCAUUGGAGCUCUUGGAAGUGCAGUGGUGCUUCGUUCCCGGCCUGUUUUCACUAUCCUCACUUCAUUGAGUUUCUCCCCUGAUUUGAUCCCUCUGGAUGAUCCAGAGUGUGGAAGCAAGAAGAUUUCAAGAAUUGAUUCUCGUGGGCAAGUCAGUCUUUGCUUCACCUUAACUCUUCUCAGCACGAAAUGGAGCUCUGCUUCUUUGAGAGCCACAAUCAACUUCAGCCUCCAAGUUGAUGUUAAACGGACCUCACCACGCCUGAUGCUAGAGAAUGAGACACCCAGUUUUUCAGAUUCUCUCCAACUUGGAGUUAUGCCCAUUUGCAUCAACAAGACUCUGUGGGCUCAGGUCUGCCUUGAUGACUCCUUCUCUCCAGUUGUGCUGCGGACAAAGUUCUCAGUUCAGGAGCAACUAGAUAACAGGAAUCUGCAACCCAUCCUUCACCCUGAGACAAAAACCUCCAUUGACAUUGAGGUUCCCUUCCAGAAAGACUGCGGUCAGGAUGGAAUUUGUGUGCCUGAUCUUUCCAUAUCUUUUAACUUCUCAGGAUCUAAAGGACUGAAGCUGAGCCCAAAUUUCAUACUGAACUUAACAGUGAAACUAGAAAAUCUGGGAGAAUUGGCGUAUGAGCCGGCCAUUUCUUUUUAUUACUCUUCUGUUUUAUCUUUCCAGGGAGCUUCAGUUCUUCAAUCGAACUGGCCUCUGUUCCCGGCUUGUCAGAUGCAUGGAUUGCCAGGAAAUGCCUCCGUACGCCAUAGCUCCUGCCAUUUCAGGCCGCCCGCUCUCAAGGCAGGCACUCGGGCCUUUCUCCGGGUUUCCUUCCGCUCCUCCAAAGGUGAUACCUGGCCGGACAAGUUCGUUUACUUCACCAUCCGUGCACACAGUUUGAAUGAGAGCAAUGUGCAGGAGAACAAUGAGGCUACUGGACGACUACCUGUUUUGCAUCCCGUCAACAUCAUAGUGAAAGAGCUUCAAUCCACUGCAUAUCUCAACUUCUCUACUCAGGACCCAGGGAAGAAAAUACUUACACAUAGCUAUGAGGUGAGGAAUUUGGACUCAAACGCCACUGCAGUCAAUGUAACAUUUGAGCUUCCUCUGAAGACAAAGCAGGGAUUCUUUUGGAAUAUAACGCCAUCCUACAGUGAUGUGAAAAAUCACUUUUCCUGCACACCGUUGUUUACCCUCAGAACAGGAAUCAGCAGGAAGAAUGUCACAAAACGCCUCACGAGAGGCUGUCUGGGGGCUGUUGCUUGCCCCAAAGUUUACUGCUUUAUCAACAGUCUUGCUAAGGGAGAAUGGAUCAGGUUCAAUUUUUCUGGAGAUUUUUACAGAGAAGAUAAGUCUCCCAAACUGAAGUCCGAAACGUUCCAUGUUGGCAGCGAAGCAUCCAUAAGGGUGGAUGAGACCAGAUUUUUCCUAAAUGAAGCAGAGGAUUUCAGCCAGAUCACCACAGAAAUUGAGUUAAUUUCACCGUUCAAUCCUGUCCCCAUCAUCAUUGGCAGCACCAUUGGAGGCAUCGUGCUUUUAGCCAUUAUAGUGGCUGUCUUAUAUAAGUUUGGAUUCUUUAAACGCAAUCGUGCACCCCAAAUGGAUGCAGAUGCAGCAGGACCAGCUGCUCCCAGUGACCAAGCUCCUUCAACUUCAGCUGCUUCCUAAGGGAGAAGGGGAUUUUGGGUCUGGAUGCAACUUGGAAGCCGGGAUUCCCGCCUUGUCUGGAGUAGGAAGAACACAGCCAGUCAAACAGGGCCGAAAAACGGAGAGGCAGGACCUCUAGAUCUCUAGGAAAGGAAUGGGAGGGAUGGGGAGGGAUUGAGAGACGAGAGGGAUAGAAGCUAAGUAGAAUUAACUAAUUUAAAAUUCAAAUAAAUUUUAUAUUUAA